GAGAAGCAAACGGGAAUUGAAACUCGCUUAAUGUUGGCUUUGGUCGUUUAACUUUUCAGUGGUAUUAUUUUUAAAAAAAUUCUUUUUAUAUUCUUGAUAACCAAUCGUAUCUAUUGACUGACUGUGAUCAACUGACGAAAUAAAAUAAGACCCUGACUUGAAGAUGUCUGAAAAAGAUAGCUGAGUGUCGAUCGAUUGAUUUUCUCUGAAGAUGAAAAGCAAAGUAAUCGUAAAUACAAGAGACGUUUUGGUGCUAGUUUUAGCAGUACUUUUUAUUUCUAUUGGUCUUGCUGGAAAUCUUUUGGUCGUAAUUGCAGUGUGGAAAAAGCGAUCUUUACGAUCGACCACCAAUUACUUGCUGGUCAAUCUCGCCGUAUCAGACAUUAUCAACUUAACGUUUCUACCUUUCAUUGCUAUACAACAUUACGUGUGGUUUGAAGAAGGGAUUUUAGCCGAUUUCAUGUGCAAGUUCUUCAGCUAUCAUAUCCCACUUACAGCGAGUUUCGCCUCGAUUAUAACACUUCUUGUGUUGUCGAUAGAAAGGUACCAUGCUGUAGUCAAACCAAUGAAGUCGGGUUUCAGACUUCGACAAGAAACCGUACACUACGCUAUUAUUUCAGUAUGGGCAUUCGCCAUUUGCUUAACCUUGCCAUACUACAUCUUCGGAUACUCAAGAAAAAGUAAAUGCAGACAUAAUUUGCCAGACGAUGCAAUAGAGAGUUAUGUAAUAAUAGUAAUGUUGACUGUAGUGAUUGUCCCUUUCUUUGUCAUCAGCUUUUGCUACCUUCAAAUAGUUCGUGAGUUAUAUUUGAAGCCCAAGCAAGUUGGACCACAAAACGUGGAGAUAGCUGAAGAUCAACUAGUCAAGCGGAAGCUCGUCAAGAUCUCUCUGUUUGUAAGCUUGGCCUAUGUUAUCUGUUUCUUUCCAAUGGCCAUAACAUUGUUUUUGAAUGCCUAUGAUGAAGGCAAAUUCGGUUCAAAGCAUUACAGAAAUGCUUCAAUUUUGUAUUUUUUGGAGUCUGCAGUCAACCCACUCCUCUAUUCGUUUCAAAGUUCCAAUUUUCGUCAGGCUUUCAAAGAAUUGUUAAGAUGUCGCGGCUGUUUGCGAUGAGUUAACAAAAACUUGAAAACGAAACGCAAUCGUAUUGCAAGAAUGGAAGGGUACCUCUCACAUCAAAACUUACG